GGCUUUUCCUUUCCGCACUCUUUAAUGCUUUCAGUAUACGUCUUCUUGGAAUCCUCAAGGUAGGCCUAAACUUUCUUAAAAAAGUUGAACCCCAAAGGGGACUGAAGCACCUUAUUAUUCUUUUCCACUUUCUCCAAACCUUGCUUUGGUUCUCUGUAAUUUAAACUACAUAUUCAAUCUUCUUUUUCUUCCAAAUUAAUAUUUGGUUCGUUAAAAGAGAAAGAAGAUGAUAUGGGAAACCUCUUCUCCUUACUUGGUAGACAAAAUAGUUCAUCAUCAAAUUCCAGAAGCCAAAGCAGUAAUAGAAGCAAUGGAACUCCACAUUUAGGGCGUAGGAGCUCAAGUUCUCAUUCUAAAGCAUUCAGCUUUUUAAAAUCAGCUAAGGGCAUGGGCAUGAGCACUUCUAGUGCUGCUGGUGAAAAAUCACUCGCUAAGAAGAAAUAUGCCUUCAUUCCUGACCUUUUCACUUCUCUUUCUCAGGUUACAGAAGCUCUGAGAAAAGAAGGUCUAGAAUCAUCAAAUCUCAUUCUUGGAAUUGAUUUUACCAAAAGCAAUGAAUGGACAGGGAAAAAAUCAUUUAAGAACCAAAGCCUGCACGCUAUUGGCGAUACACCAAAUCCGUAUGAAAAGGCCAUCUCCAUCAUUGGAAAAACUCUGGCUCCCUUUGAUGAAGACAAUUUAAUUCCUUGUUUCGGUUUUGGUGAUGCUACUACUCAUGAUCAAGAAGUGUUUAGCUUCCACAGUGACCAUUCACCUUGCCAUGGUUUUGAAGAAGUUUUGUCCUGCUACAGAAAAAUAGUUCCCAACUUACGACUUUCGGGGCCAACUUCUUAUGCUCCGGUUGUGGAGGCGGCUAUAGACAUUGUGGAGAAAAAUAAUGGCCAAUACCAUGUGUUGGUUAUCAUCGCAGAUGGCCAGGUUACAAGAAGUAUCGACACCAGCGACAAUGAAUUGAGUCCACAAGAGAAGGAAACAAUAAGAUCUAUUGUCGAGGCAAGUUCACAUCCACUGUCAAUUAUCCUUGUCGGAGUUGGAGACGGACCUUGGGAAGACAUGAGGAAAUUCGAUGACAAGCUCCCAGCUCGCGAAUUUGAUAACUUUCAGUUCGUGAAUUUCACCAAUAUCAUGUCUUCAAAUACAAGUCCUGCGGAGAAAGAAACAGCUUUUGCUCUAGCAGCCCUCAUGGAAGUCCCUUUCCAAUAUAAAGCAGCAUUUGAGUUUGGCAUACUUGGACGAGUGACAGGAAAGGCAAAGAAGGUCGUUCCACGCCCUCCACCAGGUCCUUAUUCGCGUCCUACACUGCCACGGGAACCAAGCAACUUACCAUCAGACUCGGGAGAUGAACGAAAUCAGAUGGCAUGCCCCAUUUGCUUGACUAAUGGGAAAGAUUUGGCAUUUGACUGUGGACACAUGACCUGUAGAGACUGUGGCUCAAGAGUGGCUCAAUGUCCCAUUUGCCGCAAACCGAUAAACCAUCGACUCAGGGUGUAUACUGGAUAAUCAGUGGAUUUAACUUGUAAAAUUCAGACCCCGUUUGGCAAUUUGGAUUUGUUUUACGACUAAUAAUUCACGUGUGUGGGUAUGUUUGUAUGCAUGCAUGUACAUUACUAGACGUACGUAACACAUAUAUAGAGAUGUGUUGUAUUGUAUCUAUUGUUGCUAUUUCCAGUGUUAACAAGUAUUCGUUUCCUAUUGUUCCAAAUUCAUACAUUGUCCUGUUAAAACUUUCAGCAGAAAGCUUCUCUUGUUUUUCUUCA